UAUCACCUCUGGACUAAUACGGCUAUCAUUUCAUCUAUCAGUCCAUGGUAUUAGAAGGGUGUGACAUCACUAGUUUCAUCAUAAUUGGAAGAACGUGUUCCAGCUUAGUUACAUACUGAUCACCAUUUUGUCAUUCAGGCAACAUUUUAGUGGCAGGUUGGCUAACAAACUGAAAACCUAAAUUGAAAUUUGAAAUUUGAACUGUUAAAAGUUAUAAUGUAUAUGCAGUAAAUAGACAUUUUGUGUUACCAUUUUGUGUCAUUGUUCAAUGUAUUUGGAUAAUUUUGAGAAGGAAAACAUAUUGGUAUUUCAGUUUUGUCAGGUUACUAGAACGCUCUGAAUAAUAGUGUUUUGUUCCCAUGGUGAUGAAAGUUCCAUCCCUCCUGCUCAAGAGACCUAGCAUGCCUCUAAAUAGAUGUCUCAACACAAGGCACCCCUAGUUUGAACCUCACAUAUCAAGAAAUUACACUGCAGGAGGAACAUCAGGAGACAUCAGGAGAACACCUAUUGGUUUUGUAUCCAGAGCUGAUCAUGACUACUGAUCCAUGGGUGGGAACCUGGAGGCCUCAAAAGUCUAGAAGACCCAUUGGAGCACAGUACUCUGGUCCAGGACCAAAGUAUGGACUGCCUUCUGCAACAGGAACCAUCAAGCAUGACCCAACAAAAAACAAAGCCCCUGCUUAUUCUUUCGGUAUUCAGCAUGUCAGAUAUAACACCGACAGUUCUCCGGGUCCAAAGUACUUUGUGUCAUGCAAGAUGACAAGAAUGGGCAAGGAUGCGUUCCCCGCCUAUUCCAUGUGUUUCCGGAGCAAGGAGCCCAAGAAAACAAAAGCACCUGGUCCAGCAACCUAUUUUCCAGAAAAAGCUACAAAGUGUUCCUAUAAUACACCACCUGCUUACACCAUGGGCAGCAAGACAAAACACUUUAAAAUGGACAGUGUGCCAGGGCCAGCUGAUUACAAAAUACCUACAACGCUGGGAAGACAUUCACCAGUCAAGUCCUCAGCACCCUGUUAUUCAUUGAGAAUUAAAAGCAAUUUAAAUGUUCUGCACAAGGGUCCAUCACCUAACACUUAUAAGACUACAAACCUUAAUGUCUAUAAGUGCACCGCCCCUCAGUACAGCAUGUCAAGCAAAGCUGGGAUGCCUAGUGGUUCAGGAAAUACACCUGGACCCGCUGACUACAAAACAGAAAAGGCAAGCUGCUUUUGA